CAACACGCACACAGAGAACACUGCUUCACUUCAGCAUCAUGGCUCUGCGGGACGAACUGCUGAAGUCUAUCUGGCACGCGUUCACAUCUCUGGAUGUGGACAAAAGCGGGAAAGUCUCCAAAUCACAGCUGAAGCUUCUUUUUUAUCGUCUGUUUUGAAGACGUCACGCUCUGGGAACUUGUGACGGGCAAUACUUGUGCUUUCCCACAACUUGUGUACGGUGAUGAACAUCCCACAUGACCCCGUGGCGCUGGAGGAGCACUUUAAAGACGACGACGAGGGUCCCGUCUCCACCCAGGGAUACAUGCCGUACCUGAACAAGUUCAUCCUGGAUAAGGUGACGGGUAACUUUGACCGCCAGGACUUCAACAGAAUGUGCUGGACGUUGAGCUCCAGGAAGAAUCUGGGUCAAAGCCAGCUGGUCAUCUCCAACGACGACGCCUUCAAGAUCUGGUGCAUCUUCAACUUCCUGUCUGAGGACAGAUACCCGCUGACCAUCGUCAACGAGGAGAUUGAGUACUUCCUGCGUAAGCUGACGGAGGCGAUGGGGGGCAGCUGGGUGGAGGAGCGCUUCGAGGACUACAAGCUGAAGCUGAGCUCGAAGCAGCAGAGUCUAAACCCCUGGGAGCUCAUCCUCCUGGUGGGGUCGGGCCACUUCAUUAAGGGCAUCGACCGCCAGACGCUCUCCAUGGGCAUCAACGAGGUCUACCAGGAGCUCAUCAUGGACGUGCUCAAACAGGGCUACAUGAUGAAGAAAGGUCACAAGAGGAAGAACUGGACGGAGCGCUGGUUCAUGCUGAAGCCAAACUUCAUCCAUUACUACGUCGGCGAGGACCUGGCCGAAAAGAAAGGAGAGAUUUUACUGGACGGAAACUGCGGUGCGGAGCCUCUACAAGAUAAAGAUGGAAAGAAGUGUCUCUUCCUCAUCAACUCGUCACAUAAAAGCUUUGAAAUCAGUGCGCCGGACAAGAAGAAGAAGCAGGAGUGGAUCCAGGCCAUUCAGACCUGUGUGAGCCUGCUGCGCCAGUGCCGGCCGGCGCCGCACCGCGAGGCUCGGCAGAAGCGGCGAGAGAUGCGCCUGAGGCAGCUGGCCGAACAGGAGGACCUGGAGCUCAGGAUGAGUGAGCUGCAGAUGGCCAACGAGGCUAAACAGCUCGAACUGGAGAACAUGAGGAAGGCUCUAGAGGAGGCGGCAACUAACGCAUCAGAAGAGGAAACACGGCGUCUUCAGACUCAAACUGAUCUCCAGGACCGCUACAGGGUGGACCUGGAGAGAGAGAAAAUGGUUCGGCAGCAGAUGGAGGAGCAGGUGGCGCAGAAAUCCACUGAGCUGGAGCAGUACCUGCAGCGUGUUCGAGAGAUGGAGGACAUGUACCGUCAGCUGGAGGACGCUCUGGAGGACGAGAAGCGCGCCAGACAGGACGAGGAGGCCGUCCGCAGGGUGCAGGCACGGUUACUUGAGGAGGAGGCCGUAAAGAGGGCAGAGUUGGAGGAGUUCCACCUGCGGCAGCAGCGCGCCAUCGCAGAGACGGAGGCUGAGAAACAGGAGAUGGAGAAGGAGCGUCUGGUCAAAGAGAAAGCCCUGCAGGCAGCGAUGAAGCAACUGGAUCAGCUGGAGCAAGAGAGGCACGGGGCGCUGGAGCAGUACCAGACGGUGAUGAAGAAGCUGGAAGACGCAACCAACAACACAAAGACCUGGAAGCACAAGGUGGCUGAACACGAGGGCAUGCUACGGCUCAUUCAACCAGGUUCUAAGGGACAGCAGCUGAUCACCAACUGGGGUCCAGCAGCCUUUUCUGACGCAGAGCUCAGUCUGAGGCGGAAGCAAUGGCAGGAGAUGAAGAACCAGACGACCCAGGCCCAGUAGAGCACCUGCACACCCUGAACUUUAAACAUGUGUAGACACUCGACAAGAGAGGGACUUCUGGAAGGAGUUCAAAUCCAAGAUUUACUAAGAUAAUAUGAGGCAUUUUAUGAUUCGGGGGCAUUAAGUAAUCAAUGACCUUUAUCCCAUUUAUGAAUCUUUCGUGGGAACCAUCACUGGUAGAACUGGUGUAUUUUGGAUCAAGUCUUUUUUAGACCACUUUACAUUAAAAGGAGCAGAACAUGGGAAUUGAAAUCCUCUUUUAAUGGUCACAUGUACACAUUAGGAGCAGUGGGCAGCUAUCAUCAGUGUGGGGGUCCGCUGCCUUGCUAAAGGACACCUCAGCCCCCACACUCCAUACUGUUCAUACUUGGUCUGUUUGGGGACUUGAACCGGUUCCCAAGCCAAGUCCCUACAGACUGAGAGCGCAGAAGUGAUAUCCGAUCAUAAUUGGUCAAGACUCGUCUAAUGCCAAGUCGCAUCCAAGCCUAUGAAAUGCACUACUUCCAGCCCAGGUCUGACCCGUCCAACGUAAACUAAAGUUAAGUAAAGAGAUGUUGAGCUGCACCCGUCAAGUUGUAUCUUUGAGCUACUGAGAGUGCGUCUGUGUCUGUUGUAUCUGAACUAUGUGGGAUCAUUUUAAAAUGAAGAUACAAGGGAUUGUUUGUACAUAUUUUAAGUUUAGUUUGACACGUCUAAUGUAAAGUUUUAAAUGUUUAACAAACAGCCUGAAUUGAAACACCAUGUACGAUUCACUAAAUAUCUUUUCAUUAUCAUAAAAGGGCUUUUGUCUGAAGAGCUGGUUUAUAACACUUCCUGCUUGUAAACAGUCAGAAAUGAGGCAUUUAGCCAAAACUUCACUCCGAACAAGAAUGCUAACAUUUGUAACGUGGUGUUGUUGUUCUGUAGCCAUCAGUGCCUUUGAUGCCGUCAUGGGAGAACAUUGUGAUUUCUAUGUUAUGUUUUUAUAUAUAUAUGUAAAAAGCUUAAGACUGAACUAUGGAAUAAAACGCAUCUUUAAUAACUGG